AUGAUUGGCGGAUUGUUGUGGUUAGCGAUGAUUUUUUGCCGUGAUGCGUCUAGAAUGGAAGGAUAUAAUGAGAGGUACAAUGAGAAAGAGAGUGGGGUUGACCUUCGAGAGUCUGUUGCAGUAGGAAUAGAUCUAGGAACCACGUAUAGUUGCAUAUGCGUGUGGAAGCCUUCUACAAAGGACACAGAGUUUGUGUAUGCAGAGAGUGGAGAGGAGACUUCACCGUCUGUAGUCAACUUUACGAAGGAGUUGGGACCUGAUGGAAAGUCACUGAAGUAUGAGGCGGUUGCUGGAUGGCCAGGAAGCCAGAGAUAUAAUGCAGAUGGCAAUGCAAACGCAUAUUUUUAUGCAUUUAAGAGGGCGAUGGGUAUUGAUGACCUGUCAAAUAUUGACAAGAAGGUUGAGGAGAUAAAGAAUAAUGCAUCUGUUCCUAUAUUUGUAGAGAAUGUUGGUGGAAAGCGAAGGGUUGCAUACAAGCUGCAGGAGGAUGGAAGUAAUGAGUAUCAGUCUGUAACACCUGAGGAGCUUUCAAGCCAUGUGCUAAGCAUGCUCAAGAGUUAUAUUUUGAAGGAUUAUAACAUCGAAGGGUUGACAAUUACUGUUCCUGCAUAUUUUAACCUUAACCAGGAGGCUGCAACAAGAGAAGCAGCAAAACUAGCAGGGCUUCCUACGCCGAUUAUAUGGAAAGAGCCAGCAGCAGCAGCGUUUGCAUAUACGCAUGACUUGACCAAGAAAGGCGUUUUUAAGAAUGAAGACCUGAACAGUGAUAUGAGCAUAUGUGUAUUUGAUCUUGGAGGAGGUACGUUUGAUGUUUCGAUUGUUGAGCCAUCUGAUAAGUUGAUGAUGGUGAUGGUCUAUGAAGGAGACAACUACCUGGGAGGAGAGAAUGUGAAUGACAAUCUGACAAAAUAUUUUGCAGACUACAUUAGGAAGCAGGUAGGAUUUGAUGUGAUGGCUAACCAGAACGUGAAGCUGAGACUGAGGAAUAUUGUAGAGAGUAUGAAGAUUGAGUUAUGUAACAAAGUUCGUGAGUCACCUGGAAGGAAAUCUAAUGAAUUGGUGAGCAGGCCAUUUAUUUAUGAAGGAGAGAAGUCGGUUGAGUUAAGCUUGUCGAAUGAGAAGUUUAAUGAGCUAAAUGAGGGAUUCUAUAUGAAGAUAAGAAAUGUGAUGAAUCGGUUACUUAACCAGGAUGGGAAAGGAAAUGGCGGAUAUGAUAAGAAUUUAGUGAGUAGGGUAUUGCUUGUUGGAGGGUCUACAAGGAUUCCGAAGGUGAUUGAUAUUGUCGAGGAGAUAUUUGGAGCCAAGAAGAUACAUUAUGAAGGAGUGGAUGCAGAUACGAUAGUUGCGAGAGGAGCAGCGCUACAUACUGCGCAGGAGAUUGGGAUGCUUGCAGAUAAGAUACAAACGAUUGAUACUAUUCCUCUUUCGCUUGGGAUAUGUACAGAAGAAGAUCGUUUUGAUCAGAUUAUUGCAAAGGGUGAGUUCAUACCUGCGCAUGGAUCAAAGGAGUUUACUACGGCAAGUGAUAAUCAAACAAAAGUUAGGAUACGCCUUGCACAAGGAGGAAUGGAGAGCUUUAAGCAGAAUAUAUAUAUUGGAGAUAUUGAGGUUGAUCUUCCAGGGAAUCAACCGAAAGGAAUGCCAAGAAUUGAGGUUUCGAUUGAUAUGGGAUCUGAUGGAAAGAUCCAAUUGAGGGCUGAAGACAAACAGACAGGAAAAAAUGCAAAGGCAGACUUUGACUCGAAUGUUGCCAAGAUGACUCCACAAGACAUCAAAAGGAUGGAGGAAAGAGUGUAUAGCGAAGAGAACAGGGAGUUGAAAGCGAAGAGAGAUGUCAUUAGACAAUUUGAACACAUUUUGGACAUGACUGAUAAGGGUGAAGACUUCAAUAAGAUUCCUGAGGAGGUGAAGAAGGAUGCGCUUGAGCACAUUGCAAAGAUGAAGCUAUGGCUUGAGAAGAACAAAGAGAGUUUAUCAAGAGUUGAAAUCGAGCAUAAGCUACAACAGUUUGUAGAUGAAAUGAAAGGAUAUGUGCCGUCUCAACCCAUUACAGAAGAGGUGCCAUCACAGCCCGUGCCCGAAGAAAAGGAAGCAGGAAGGGAGGAGCUUUGA